UUCGAACAAACGGAAGUCAAAAUGGCGGCAGAAGAAGAAGAUGACGAUAUCUGGGACAGUUGGGAAGAUAUGGCAGAUUCUGGGGAAUUAGAAAGACGAAUGGAAGAACGGGAGAAACAGAUACGAGAAAAGGACCAGAAACCUUCAAUUACAUCUAUAAAAAAGCAAGAAACUAAGACAGGUUCAUCCAUUCUGAUGCAAGAAGAUACAAACCGAACUCUGUACAAGCCACAGUUGAGAAUAUUAAAACGACCAGAUUCUGGUGGAACAAAUAAUUUGAAAAAUCAGGAAUCCUCCAAGGAGAAGCCUGCUCAUAAAACAUUAGCAGAGAGACAAGCACAAUAUGCAGAGGCUAGGGCACGAAUAUUGGGAUCUGCAACAGAUGAAAACAAUGAUUCAGAAAGUGAUGUCAGACCACAAUUACUACAAGUGGAGCAGAAACUGCCAGAGAAUGUCAUACGUUUACCAAGGGGUCCAGCUGACAAUGGUUCUAAAGGGUUUGAAUUCGCAAGGUGAAAUUAAAUACACGAUACACAAACUGAUCAGUUGAAACAAAGUAUUUUUCUUUAACUUCAUCGAAAGCAAGGAUCAUAAAUCGGGUAUGGAGCGGAAGCAUUGGCCUAGGGAUAUGUAGCACUCAUCUGUCACUGGAAGGAGUUCCUGGGAACAUUUUUAUGCAUGUAGUGGCUUGUCAUGGGAGUGUGUUUUGUAAUUAUCAAUGUCAGGCUGUCGAGUAGCCAUCUGUGGUCUUCUGCACCUGCUUCAAAAACACAGAGAAAGUCGUAUCAGCUUCACCUGGCGAAACAAAUAAACCCUUACCCGACUGGACUUUACUUCUGCGGCAUUUCUAGGAAUGCUUCAACAACCCAAGACUGAGUAGUAUUUCAUUCAAUUAAGUACUACCCAGUUCUCUUCAGCAACGUUGGUACAACAACGUGAAAUAUCAAGAAUUUACUCGUCGAAACCAAUUCAAAUUUCCACCGACAGGACUUUUAUCCGGUAAUUUUGAUUUGGAAAGCUGUCUUACCGGAAUGGUAGAAUUCGUUUACGAGUCGAGUGUACACUUCACGUUCAUACAGAAUUCCAUUCUGAGUUUAUUUUGGUUUGGAGACCAAUCAGACUUCAAAUCUCAGUGGCUGCACUGUGGGAAUGUGAUCGGCCAAACUUGGUCAAGACUUCAUUCACUGGACAAAGACUCGGUGUGUGUGUAAACUUAAGAGUUAGAGCAACAAUGUACCGAAUUUAGAGUCAAUCUAACUUCGGAAGGCAAUUUUAAAGCGAAAGCAUCGCUUUUUGUAUUAUUUUAACAACAGGUUACUAGAUAGCUGCUAAAAAGGUUUAAGCUCAAAGACCUGGAUGGAAAGGAUCCCUAGAUAAAGGACUGAAACUGUA